UGGGAUGCCACAAACAUAAUUUCAUUUUGUAUUGCUAUAGUUCAUCAUUACUCGGUAUUCACCUAAAAACGAGGAGGCAAGAAGAGACAGCAAACAAUAAAUAAACAAGCAUCCAAGGAAAUGCUUGCCUGAGAGGCUGAGAAAUUGAGCAAUGGCGUCCUUCUCACCAUCCCUCACCAUCUCAAGAACCCCACUCUUCUUCAGAAAUUCGAAUGCCAAACCCCCACGCCGCCUCUCAGUUUCAGGACAUGGGCUCCCCAAUUCCUCCAUUCUAUCAACUUCUGCCCUUAAUCCAAAUCAAACCCAAACUUCUCCAGAGGCACAAGCCAUUCAAACAUCUGAAGUCACCCAUCUCUCCUGCUAUGAGGCCAUUGAGAGGCUAAGAGCAAGCAGAGAGAGGUACCCAAAGAAGCAGAGCUAUGUGGCAAUGUACUCUAGCAUUUUUGGAGGAAUUGUGACUGAUACAGCAGCUAUGGUCAUCCCUAUGGACGAUCAUAUGGUGCAUAGAGGGCAUGGAGUUUUUGACACUGCUGCAAUUAUAGAUGGGCACCUUUACGAGUUGGACCAACACAUUGAGCGCUUCUUGAGGUCUGCAGCCAUGGCUAAAAUAAAACCUCCAUUUGACAAAGAAAGCAUCAGAAGGAUACUAAUACAGACGGCGAGCACAUCCAAGUGCAGAAAAGGUUCGUUGAGGUACUGGCUUUCCGCAGGACCGGGUGACUUCCAACUCUCCCCUUUGGGUUGCCAUCAAUCCGCUCUUUAUGCCAUUGUGAUACAAGACCAAUCACCACAAGACGAUCACAAGGGUGUUAAAGUCAUUACCUCAUCCAUCCCAAUAAAACCCCCACAGUUUGCUGUGAUGAAGAGCGUGAAUUAUCUCCCUAAUGUGCUUUCAAAGAUGGAAGGAGAGGAGAACGGUGCAUAUGCAGCGAUAUGGCUGGACGGGGACGGGUUUGUCGCAGAAGGGCCCAACAUGAAUGUCGCUUUCGUUACAAAGGAAAAAGAGCUUCUCAUGCCCGACUUUGAGAAAAUUCUCCGCGGACUUACUGCUAAACGGGUUUUAGCUCUUGCUGAGGAUUUGGUAAAAACGGGCGAAUUAUGCUCCAUAAGGGUAAAGAAAGUGAGUGUUGAGGAUGGAAAGAGAGCUGGUGAGAUGAUGCUAAUUGGUAGUGGUGUUCUUGUCAAGCCAGUGGUGCAGUGGGAUGACCAGAUCAUAGGUGAUGGUAAAGAAGGCACAGUAACCCAAGCUUUACGAAGUCUGAUCUUGGAGGACAUGAAGUCUGGUCCAUCCAUCGUCCGGGUUCGUGUUCCGUAUUAAGAACCUAUCCUCCCCAGAAGAAUAUGGGCUUAUCUCUGUGGGGGUAUAUACCCCUCUGCAUUAGAACACUUCAAUGUUCUAAACCAGGCUGAGAAUGUAAGAACAUACUCUGUGUGGUCUGUGGG